AUGUCAGUUUCUAAAAUCAAAGGUAUUCUUGGGUCAUGUGAUAGACAAACACGCCUCCAUAAGUCACUCGACAAGGUUGAUGCAGUGGUCAAUGCCCCAGCACCUACAGAUACAACAAUGUUGCGUUCAUUCAUCGGCUUACUGAAUUACUACCAUCGAUUCCUACCUAACUCAUCUUCCGUACUCUAUCCAUUACACCAACUUCUUCCAAAAGGAAAGCAGUGGGAACGGUCCAGUAAAUGUGAAAACGCAUUUGUGAAAGCAAAGAAUACGAUAGCAGAAGAACAAGUAUUAGCGCAUUACGACCCAAAGCUGCCAGUUAGAUUAGCUACGGAUGCAUCGCCAUACGGCCUAGGGGCAGUGUUGUCACACAUCGUAAAUGGUGAAGAGAGACCAAUUGCAUUUGCCUCAAGAAGCCUUACUGCAGCAGAAAAGAACUAUUCACAGAUUGACAUGGAAGCACUGGGGAUUGUAUAUGGUGUAAAGAAAUUUACUACUUACCUGUUGGGGAGAAAAUUCAACAUAUUAACCGAUAACCAACCACUCACCGGAUUGUUUAGCCCGACGAGAGGAACCCCAGCUACAGCCGCAGCUAGACUAACGCGUCAAGCGAUUUUCCUUUCAGGAUUCGACUAUGAAAUAGUAUACCGUCGAAGUACAGACAAUACGAAUGCAGAUGCAUUAUCAAGACUACCACUCAGCUCACAAAAGGAAAAACCACGAACACUGGAUGACACAGAAUUAUUUUACACUGACUGUUUUGAAGUUUUACCAGUUACAUUCAAACAAAUUAAACUACACGUACAACGCGAUUCAAUUCUGUCGCGAGUGGUAGACUAUACGAGAAAUGGCUGGCCUAACGAAAGGAACGAGGAGCUCGAAGCCUACUUUCGUAGAAAAGAUGAGUUGAGCUUAAUAGAUGAAUGUGUGCUGUGGGGUAACAGAAUAGUCAUACCGCCAAAGUUGCGCAAGGAAAUAUGUAAUUACCUACAUCAAGGGCACCUCGGUGUUGUAAAGAUGAAAUCGAUUGCAAGGAGCUACUGUUGGUGGUCAAAGAUGGAUCACGAUAUUGAAGCAUUAACAAAAGCAUACCCUGGUUGUCAGCUUAACAUGAAAGAACCGCCCAAAGCAUCCCUACACCCAUGGGAGUGGCCUGAGAAUGUUUACGACCGCAUCCACAUUGAUUACGCAGGUCCUAUCGACGGAGUUAUGUAUUUAGUAGUUGUGGACGCUCACUCUAAGUGGCCAGAAGUGCUCGCUACUAAAGACACAUCCUCAACUAAAACCAUUAGUUUGCUAAGGAGUCUAUUUGCACGAUAUGGCCUGUGCAAAACGCUGGUAUCUAAUAAUGGAUCCCAAUUCACAUCACACGAGUUUGAAACAUUCCUGAAAAGCAACGGUAUUGUACAUAUAACCUCAGCACCGUACCACCCUGCUACGAACGGCCUCGCAGAGCGCAUGGUACAAACGUUUAAGUUUGCUUUGAAAACCGCCAAGUUCGACAAAGGCGCUAAGCAGCUGAAAUUAAACAAUUUCACGAUGCGGUACAGAAAUACACCACACGCUACAAUUGGCAUGUGCCCGGCACUAUUCUGA